AUGUCAAUCCCCUCAGCCGGGCUUGUCUUUGAAUCGGGGAUCCACGCUAUACCUGGCAACCCGAUGGGACCCAACUCUCUGGAUGCCCUGGUCCGUCAUCAACUAGAGGCUGCUUCUAGAGAGCUGGCGUCAGAGAACCAAUUCUCUGCCCCCGGAACAUCGCCGGGGCAUCAACAAAACAUCAUCGAUGAUGUGGGUGAAUACCUUGCUCAAACUGCCCAGAUGUGGCUGGCCCUGACAGAUAAACUCGUCAAAGGGCCACAUGUGACGAUGGCUGUGGAAGCUGCUCAUGAGCAGUCUUUUACCACAACUCAUAUGGCGGAUUUGCGACCCAUGGCUACCAUGGAUAUCAAUCUCACCAAGCUUAGCAAAAUUCGUGAUCUGGCCAAGAAAUUUUCAGACGAUGUUCAAGAAGUCUGGCGGCGAAGGCCUGAAUCUGGAAUGGGAGCAUCUGAUUCCACUUACCAGACUUCCUCUGCACUUGCUAUCAAAUCUGAACCUAUAAACUGGGGUCCGCAGCCCACCAGAGGGAACGAUAUGAACUCUGGAAUGCGCGGUGGUCAGAAGCAUUAUCUAGCAUCACAAAGCACCGAUGAUAGUGGCGGAAACGCCUCUGGUUCGGAUGAUUCAGGCGAAGAUGAGGAUGAACAGUUCAGCAAGAUCGAUAUGGAUGCGCUCAAACAAAGAGGCAAAGGCUCAUAUUACUGCCCGCUAGGGCUUCGAUGCGAUAAAGGUGGUGUCGACAAGGAUGGAAAACUUGUGCUCUUUGACCGAAACUCUUCCUUCGCCACUGCAACAAGCACAGAAAACCUUGGCGGUGCGAUGUGCCUGGGUGCCCAAAUCCGCCCAAAAAACGCAAGUUUGCUCGGAGAGAUGGACUCGAAAGGCACAAAUUGA